GCAUUUAGCGGGUCGUCAUGUUCGGAUCGGAAGUUGAUUGAUUAUUGCCCCAGUUGGGUUGGCUUCGCUUACAAACUUUGCAACUACAGUGUGGUGAUAAGCCGCGUCGCGUUACGGCCGUCGGUCGGGUCGGUCGUUUGAUACUUGAACCUCUGCCAAAAGACGGCGAACAUCGCAGUUCUUGGUGGCGUGAUCAUCUGCGAGAGUUGUGCUCUGUCGGUCGCGAUCAUCACCGGUCGCAGACGCCGAUCCGAAAAUACAACCGGGGGUCAAGCAACCUCCCGAUUGGUUCAAACGGUUCCGGUGUUGUUGUGGAAUCAGAUCUCUCUUUCGGUUCGCGGAUGAAUGAUUAAGUGCAUCUCGAAGGCUACUACCUACAUAUAAGCUGGGGCAAGAGAAGAAGACCUUUGGUGUGGGAGGAAAAUUGACUGUGGUGAACAAACGCGAAGUGAAUGAGGUGAAUUUGCAAAGUGCUCUCACGUGAAUCGACAAAGAAGAGUAUUUGAUGGUGAUACGAUUGAACCGUGGAAAGGCGUCGAUGCAUGAUAUCUUUGGAUUGUGAUUAAACAGGUGUUUUUUUAUCAAUUGAAAUUCGACAAGGUGACAAGCACAGCAGCUGCUUCAAAAUGGUCGGCCUUGUGGAGGUGUUACUAUUUCUUUGCGUAGUUGGAUACUUCUUCAACAAAAGCAGAGGCACAGACAUGGUGGACAUCAUAUCCAACCGUGUGCAGGAGGCAUACGGCUCGUUCCGGCUGCCCGGCAUGUUCGGCACGACUCAAACCGUCGAGGCCGGCAGUUUUUCCACCUACGCCAUGCUGAAGCGCUUCGGCGAGCAGAAGAAGCGCAAACGGCAAAUGGACAAGGAAAAUGAACGCAAGAUGCGCGAGGACAGUUUGUACCAGAUGAAGAAUUCGGCCACGCCACAUAUCACAUUAGAGGCCAAGACGAUGCCUGGGCUGGCUUGCCGAUUUUGUUCCCCGGCCGAAAGUCAACCGCAACUGGAUCAGGAGGAUCGUCGUAAGAAUGCCAUCGACAUUCUGCGGGCUACCUCGCACGCUGGUCGGCGAACGAACAGCUCGCCCACCGAUUGGGGCGUAUGGUGUCCCCAUUUGGCGCAGGCAACCCGAGUGAUGAAGUAUGACUACCCCCAGGUCGCUGGAGCCGUUAUGGGCGAGGAGCGCGUCCAGGAAGCGUUGGAAACGGUCGCCAAGGAAUCCGUCAACGAGAAGCGCCAGGAGUUGUUGGAUGCUGGGCAGAGUGAUGAUUCGUUCGACGAGGACGCGUGCUACAACGAGACUAUGCGAAUUCAGGCGAAGAGAGCGCAAAAGGUAUUAACCGGUAUGCGUUCCAAACUGUCUGAUAUGGCACUGCGAAUUACCUCCUGGGUUCUGUACAAGCUGCUUCCGUGCUUUUUGUCCGGGGUGGCCGCCCAUGCCGGUCAGGUGGAUAUGAUCAAGCGAGCAAUCGCCAAAAAUCCCGACGCUCCAUUGAUUUUCCUGCCGCUACAUCGAUCCCAUUUGGACUACAUCAUGGUGAGCUUCAUCCUGUUGAACCACGACAUUCGCUGUCCGAUGGUGGCUGGCGGAGAUAAUCUGCGUAUUCCGGUGUUCGGUAACAUUCUCCGGUAUGACGGUGCUUUCUUCAUCAAGCGAAAGAUCGAUCCACUGACCGGUAAAAAGGACCACGUGUAUCGGGCAAUUUUGCACACCUAUCUGCAGAAGGUGCUGACUGCUGGACAUAAUGUCGAAUUCUUCAUCGAAGGUGGUCGCACCAGAACAGGAAAGCCCUGUAUGCCAAAGAGUGGAAUCCUAUCGGUCAUAGUGGACGCAUUCAACAAUAGGAGCAUCUCAGACGCCUUACUGGUUCCCGUAUCUAUCAACUACGAAAAACUGGUCGACGGAAACUUCGUUCGCGAACAACUUGGUCAGAAGAAAGUCCCGGAAAGUUUCUCUACGGCUGUGUCCGCAAUCAUGAAGGUACUGAAAGCCCGCUACGGUUUGAUGCGAAUCGAUUUCAACGAACCCUUCGCGCUAAGCGAGCUGGUCAAAUCGCUACGCAAGUCGGAAACUAAUGGAAAUUUUACACCCGAGAAUAGACGCCUCCAGCACAAACCAUCCUCAUCGUCGCUUUUCGGAACGGAUGUCGUCCAGGAGGAGCAGGAACUCCGUACUCUGGUCGACAACAUUGCCCGCCACGUAGUGUAUGAUUGCGCCAAAGCUACCUCUGUCAUGACCACCAACGCGUUGGCCUUCUUGCUGCUGAAUCGCUUCCGAGACGGUGCACCCCUCAUGAUGCUCACCGAAGCGCUAGACGAGCUGCGCAGUGUCUUGAACACUACCUCACGCGAUAUCGGCUUUACCGGGGCUUCCGAGGACAUUAUCAAAUACGCUGCCGAUCUGUUGGAACCAGGACUAGUCACGAAGGAAAAGCGAGGUUCCCAACUGUUCUUGAAGCCCGUUACCAUGAUACCGAACGUGAUUGAGCUGGCAUACUAUUCGAAUAGUUUGGCUCCUCACUUUGCACUGGACUCGAUUGUGAUUACCGUUGCCAGUUUGUUGAAGCGGCAGAUGGAACAGCGGUUACGAGAACAACAGAAAUCCACCGAUGACGUCAGUAUUGGCCGACAAGACCUCUUCAAUGUCUGUCUGCAGUUUUGUGAUUUGUUGAUGUAUGAAUUUAUCCUGUCGAAACCGUGUCAAAGUCUGGGGACGUUACUCCAGGACUGUUUUGAUAGGUUAUGUAUCAUGGGGCUGCUUCUGCAACCGGAGGUGGAAUACACAGAGGACCAGCACCGUGCUCGACGUAUUGCGGCGAACCUUGAACUGGACGAACUGGACGACGGAAGCUAUAGUGAAGACGAUUACUUCGACGACCACCUCGAUCAGGAAGAUGAGGUUCGAGUGUUCCUACCAGCCGAGAAGCACUGCGAUCGGAUAGUGCUCCAAUCGGUGCUGGCACCGUACACCAGCACGUACGCAGCCGUUGCGAGCUCUUUGAAUCUGCUACUCAAUAGCAACUCGAUGCUUGAAGGGGAAUUCAUCAAGCAGUGUAUUAAAGAAAUUACCAGCAGGGUCGAGCAAGGCCAGUGCAAGUAUGGUGAAAGCGUAUCGACUGACAUAGUGCGGAAUUGUCUAAAGGUUCUCGAAAAGCGAUCCGCCAUCGAACUUACGAAUAAAAAUGGCGUACGGACCGUGUCACUCGCACCGGAUUGCGACUCCGAGGCCGAAGUGCAGUCGAUAAUCCAUUCAAUAGAGCAGUUUGUUCCGAUCUAGCAUCGCUCCAUGGACAAACAAAUACAAAUCCUAGUAGAGUACGAGAUGCAACGUUCGAUGCGUUGUGGUUACAUAUUCCGAUGAGAGAUCGCGAGACUGCAAUACGACGCUCCGCAAACGUGUCCUCAACAUUUCCCGAUUCCUACCCUGGCCCCGCUGAACUAGUGUGAAUGCGAUGAAUGAAUGCGUGGUGAACAGUGUGACCUUCGAUGAUGCUGGAAAGCCAAUGCAGGUAACUGAACUACUAAUUAGGCAGCAAUUAUUAUCUUUUCGGAUUCGAGAAGAUGCCGUGGGAGAGCAUUUUUGUUAAACUUUCUGCUCAAUUAUCCAGUGAGUUGGUACGACCUCGAUUAUUAUUUAGAUUUAGUCCGAAGAAAAAUGGACCAUAAAGACAGACCUUCGCCUACCAAAUACGAGAUUGUGUUAAAUAGCCAGUACAUACUACAAAGUUCUUCCUUUUAAAGAGGACGAAAAAACGGACACUUUGGAAUAUGAUUUAUAAUAUACAAGUAAGAAGUUUUCGCCAAAUAAUAGUCUUUAAGUGAGCAAACUGCGCACAAUAAAAGAUGGAAACAUAAACUACGUUAUCCGUGAUAGUUAUAUGAGUAAACCAUAA